AUGAUCGCUAUUAUCCCGCUAUGGUUCUGCCUGCUAGCAGGCAGCCAGGCGAAACCUCCGCUAUUCCUGAGCUACCAGGACAGCAUCGGCCAGUACAGUUUCGGCUACAGCAUCCCGAUGUCGGCUCGCUCCGAGUACCGAGCAUCGGACGGUGUGACUCGCGGUGCCUACAGCUACAUCGACAACCAAGGCCUCAUCCAGACGGCUGAAUACGAGGCUGGCAAAGACUUGGGCUUCCUUAUCAGGGCGACGAAUCUACCAGAAGCUCCACUGCCCGUCAUCGAGACACCCGAGGUCCGGGAGGCAAGAGACAGACACCUGAAGCUUCUCAGCGAAGCCGAGAUGCGCGAGGGCAAGUCCAGGAUGGACGACGAGAAGAUGGACGAAAGCAUGCCUGUGGUAGAGGCUACGAAGGCUGAGGAGCCCAUGAUGAUGGAGAAGAAGGCCGACGCACCGAUGAUCGUGAGCAAAAUUGCCGAGAUGCCCGAGGAGAGAAAAGUCAUGCCAGAGCCAAAGACAUCCAUGGAAAAGGAGUCGAUCGACAUGCCACGAAAAGAGAUGAUGAAGGAGGAGAUGCCGAAGACGGAAGCCAAGCCCGAACUCAUGCCCCGAACGAACGCCGAGGAGAUGCCAGCAAGCCCUUCUAUGCUGCCUGAACCGGUCCAAUACACCCCCGAGGUGAAGGCGGCUCGCGAGGAUCACUUCCGCGCGUACGAGAACGCCGCAAGACUCGCUGCCGAGUCUGACUUGAACCCCCAGCUAUUGGAGCAGCUGCUCAGGGGUCACCCAGGAGCCACGGUGACUCUGCCCCUCAGUGAGAACAAGCUGGAGAUUCCUGCUCCGAAGACAGCCGAGAAGCCCGUGGAUAUGGACGCUACCGCGAGGAGGAUCGAAGCACAGCCCAAAAUCGCCGAGGCUGAGGCAAAGAAGAUGGAGAGUGCUGAGGAGAUGCGCAAACCUGUCGAGCUGACUGAAACUGCCGAGAACGCGAAAAUUGGAUCAGGCAUUACCCCAGCAUAUACGAGUCUGAGGGUGAUGGACACUAGAUUGCCGACGUUGAACGAAUUCGAGCAAACGAAGCUAAAGGCUGGACAUUAUUCAACGCCAAUCGAAAUUUCUCACAUUUCGCCGACGAACGUUCUACCCUCGCUUUAUCCCCAAUUUCUCGGAAGUGCAGCUUUUCACUACGUUUAUUUUUAUAACGGAUUAGCUAUUAAGGCUCGCAAGACUGUCAUUAUAAAUGUAACAUUAUGUUAUCGUACUUUGCAUCUCACACGUAUUACUCUGAAAUGUGAGACCGGUUUGAAAGUCAUGAAGAUGGAUCAAUUGAAAGCAGAUCUCCGUCUUUUAAUUACAAAACCCAUAGAGUUCGUCCCGUUUGUGCCUGGUGUCAUGCAAAAGGUUUCGACUCCUAUGGUCAAAAAUUGGGCUUUCCAAUACAUCUAUUUGUAA